AUGAUACCAGGUCAGAUUUCAGCGAAUGAUCCGAAGAUCAAAAGCCGUAAAUGCCCUAUUUGCCCAAAACUUUUCUUAUCUCCACUUACUUUAAGAGCUCACAUUAGAACUCACACCAGGGAACUACCAAACUCAUGUAACAUUUGUAACAAAAGCUUCAGUCAUAAACAAAAUUUAAAAGCACAUAAACGAAGGAAGCAUCCGAAAGAGGAAACUCCAUCUUUCUUCGAGGAAAAUAAGGUUGCUAAAAAUCAUGAUUUCAGUGAACAGCGCGAUAUUUCUUCACAAACUAGUCAAUACGAGCGUCACAGCCCUGGCUCUGAAAGACAAGUAAUCAGUGAUGACUACACUGACAUAUACGAGGAAUGGAUCGCCCAACAUCAGAUCAAAUCUAAACUUCCCGUUCUAAAAAUUACAGAAGAAGAUUUUUGUAGUGAAUUCACUUCUAUACAAGGAGGAUACAACCAUGAAUCUGAAAAAGAAACAACAAAAGAAAAUGAUCCUUCUGAUAUAUACGAAGAAUGGAUUGCAGAACAUUCAAUUACGGCCGAAAUUCCCGUCUUAGAUCUCACAGAAGAAGACUUUUUUAUAGAGAAUCCAGCAAUACAAAACAUAGAAAAUAUCCAUAUUUUUGAAACAAGAAAAGACGAUGAUUCUCUUGCACAGCAGAAUGAUAUCACAUAACUACUGCCUGAGAACAUUCCGUCCUAGAUAUCAGAGAACACUUGGAAAAAGAAUUGCUUUUAGAGGAGCUUUGUAAGCUUUUCGAUUGAAUACAUAAAGAAUUGCAACAAUUUUCUUCAUUAAAAAUUUAAUAAAGAAAUUACAAUAAAUUAAUAAAAUUCCUGUUAGUAAUAAAAAGUAAAAAAAAAUAAUA